UCUUGCAGUUUCCUGUUUCAACCAUGCGACCUCUGGAUCAAGUUUACUGAAAUCGACAUUUCAUAAUUCAUCACACACAAAAUGGAGAUGUACACAACUCAAAUGGCGUGCCUCACAAGAGUGAUGUCGUCAUUGCUAAUCCGACAAACAGUUGCAAGGAACAAGGUCAAAAAAUGUUGUCUUCGAUCGUUUUCAACAACAUCACACAAACUACAGGAGCUGACAGAGCAACCAGAAGGCUCUCAAGUUCCAGAGGUUCAGCCCAUCCAACCCCCAAGUGUCCGUCGUCCACUGCCUGUCAUGACAACCCGCAAAGUGGACUACCUCCACCCAAACAUGAAAUCACACCAGGCUUGGCUAGAGACCCUGGAUACUGUAGAAGAUGAGAAGCUGGGUGUCAUUGAUCUUCAUCCAGAAAUAUUUGCAACAAAUCCAAGGUUAGACAUGCUUCACAAGAACAUCCACUGGCAGACAACAUACAAGAGGAUUUCACAUGCCAAGACCAAGACCCGUGCGGAGGUGCAGGGGGGCGGCAAGCGUCCGUGGCCACAGAAGGGCCUAGGGAGAGCCAGACAUAGCAGCAUCAGAUCACCACUGUGGGUCGGAGGUGGAAGAGCCAUGGGACCUCGGGGUCCUAAGAGUUAUUUCUAUAUGUUACCUACAGCUGUGAGAGUGCAGGGGCUCAGGGUAGCGCUGUCUGUCAAGUAUGCACAGAAUGACUUACAUAUAGUUGAUUCCCUAGACAUCCCCACUGAUGAUCCAUCUUAUAUAGAGGACCUGGUUGAAAACCGGUUUUGGGGAUACUCUGCUCUCUUCGUGGAUGACACGGACUACAUGCCCCGGAAUAUAGCUGUUGCUCUGAGCAAGACUCCGCAGUUCAACGUGAUGCCUGUGUAUGGGCUGAACGUGUACAGUAUGCUGAAGCACGAGACGCUGGUCCUGACUCUGGCAGCGGUGGAGAAGCUGGAGGAGAAACUGCUGUAUCAGAUGUACAAGACAGAGAUGGACACCAAGUUCCAAACCCAUCGAGGCGCCAAGCCCUUUAAGCUGCCCCACAGCAAGCGAUGAAACUGUGUUCUGGAGGGCAGUGUUGAGGAGGAGAGCUGUAUCACAAGGACGCUGAUAUGCAGUGUAUCAAAACUCCACUUUAGUAUGAUAAAUGUCCCAGGCCAUUUAUUACUACAAGUUCAUUUGAAAGUGAGGUCAACAUGUAGGUGAGUCUGAUCACCCACCAUAUAGCUGGAAUAUUGCUUAAGUGGCGCAUUAAGCAACAAAACAAACAAUCUGAUCACAGAACAGAUUUUCUCUCACUUGGUAUAAUUUGAUUGGACAUCUGUGUUUAGUAAUGUGUAAUUUGAAUUGGGUUCUUUUGUAGUGACUGGGUCAAGGGUGUUUAUGAUAAUAAAAUGGAGAUGUGAUACUCUGGAUAAUCAUGGUUACCCAAAAUGGGACUUGCUAGCCAAGGAAUGAAACAAGCACAGUGAGUGCACUGUAUAGAUCACCCACAUAGAUGGUAUAGAUCAACGGCAAGAAUGGCAUAGAUCACCUACAUGAACAGCAUAUUAUAUCAACCACAAGAACGUCAAAGAUCACCCACAUGAGGCAUCAGCUCAACAUGAAUGAUGACUGAAACAUAGUUGUGUUAGUGACCCAGCCUUUGUGUGAUCUGUGGAAUAUACUGAAUUUCCUCUAAUAAGCGCCCAGUCGCUUAUUUUUUCAAAGGACUUCCAGACCCUGCGCUGAUUAGAGGCCAGGCGCUUAUUGGAGACCCAGCGCUUACUGGGUAUACUGUAAUUAAUUGUUAGUGAGUGUUACGUCAAAGUUAGGGACCAUUCCUUAAUAAAUCUAUUUUUGAAUGAA